UGCUGAUCUUAUUCUCUCCACAAAGUCAUUCCCCGUUCAUGACGACCGCCCUUGAACCCUCGAAACUUGGUCGCAUGCAUGCCUUUGUACCAUAAGCAAACGCAGCAGCAAAGCCUCGACAGACCCAACUGACGGGUCAUCGUUUCAUACCCGUCCAGCCCCGGUGGUUGCGUUUGCCAAUCGUUUGCCAUCCUCUAAAUUCGCUCUCUGCCUGCACAAAAGGAAAAGCAAGCGGCCAUUCAUUCAUUCCUUCAUUAAUUCAUGCAACACGGUUGGUUUCUGCUUUGGUAACAAAACCACCACCCGAACAGUGGGUAGGAAACGGUGCAGACGGCUGGCAUUCACAGUAAUACGUGCAGUAACUGCCUAUUUUUGUCUGCCAGCUGGGCAUCUCACCUUGAGCUUACAAGGCGCCACCUCUACAUAUUUUUCGCCCCAGACUGCUGUUGGUGUUUGGUAAAUGGCUGUGUUUGGCCAGAUCUACCAAUAAUUGACGAGCAUCGGUUUACUGGAGAACCUCAAGCACGGCACCUGCAGAAUCGCCGCCCCGUCAUCUCUCUCGCUGCCAACACGCAUUCUAGAGUGCACAACUACUGCACUUCCUGAAACCCGUGCUACCCGACGCUUUUCCCCCCUGGGCCGUAUCGACGAACCCCAACAAUCGCGAGCCAAGGCCCCCAAGCGACCCUCGUCCGCUCGACGCCAUCGUUUCUUAGCGCAAACCCCAUCUUUGACGCCGUUCGGUACCCUUUGCCUCGACACCUUUCGAUGUGAUCUCCUGAAGGCCACCUUACUGCCGCAGAUUCGAUUUUUCAAUAACCACCUCCUGAUCCUUCAUUUGAAAAGACUAUUCUACCGCCCGCCCGAAGGUCUCGACUUUGAGCCGGUCUACCUUGUCUUGCAACUUUUCGACUGCAUCGAGGCAGCCUACUCCCCGAGGCUUGACGCCUCCUGCGGCCCGCCGCCCAGCGCAACAUACUCACGAUGGACGACUAUCUGGACAGUCCUAUGGACGCUGAUGACAUCUUCCCAUGCAAAGGCUGUGGGGAGAUCCUUGAAGAAGGCAAAGCGUUCGAGUUGGCUGGCAAUCGAUGGCAUCUCAACUGCUUCCGCUGCAACACCUGCGGCACCCUCCUCGACUCUGACGCGAACCUCCUUCUCCUCGGUGAUGGCUCACUUAUCUGCAACAACUGCACGUAUAGCUGCAGUGCUUGCGGCAACAAGAUAGAAGAUUUGGCCAUCUUGACAGGUGACCAGGCAUUUUGCGCAACUUGCUUUCGUUGUAGGAACUGCAAAAGGAAGAUCGAGAACCUGCGCUAUGCUAGGACCUCUCAGGGCAUAUUCUGUAUGAGUUGCCAUGAAUCCUUAAUGGCAAGACGGAGGAAAAAAUCAAAAGCCGCAGCACAAGCGAAAGCAAGAGAGAAAGAUACAUCGCCGAUGAUAACAGACAAGUCUCUCCCGGCUCUACCUCCGAACGCCAUACCUCCAAAUGCGUUUGGCAUGGAGAAGGAAGUGCCGGAAUCCGAAACACCAACCGAGCUGUCCCCGCGGCCCAGACCGGCUUAUUCGCGCAACGAGACUGACCCUCGGGCGAGCUUGCGCCCCGAAAGAUCACCGGAACGAGGGGCCGAGCAGCAAGGCAAGGAAGGCAGCCUUGACCCUCCGAAGAAUUAUAGGAAUAACAGGAAUUCUUCGAUUAUGAUCCCGUCUGGCGACCUGAAUUUUGCAGAUGCUGAUGGCUCUUUCAUUCAUGUCGCCCUGGGCUUGGAUACGGGGCCAGCGCCGUCGUCAACCCCCAGAUCUUCGGAUAAUAUAUCGGACAAGCGUAGCAGGGACUAUUUCAACAAUCAACGAGAUUCUGUUGAGAAGCGGAGCGAUUCGCAGAUGUCUACACCUCACAUUGCUCUUCAAGAGGCUCGACGAAAUACAUCUGAUUUGGAAAAUGCCCCCCCGGCCAAGGAGCCGAGUCGGAAGUUGUCCAAGUCCUCCAGGGCGGGCAGAGACAGCCUCAAAACGUCCACCAUUCAAACCGAUGAUCACUUAAGAAAGCUUGGCGGUGGUCGCAGCGAUGAGUUCAAACUUCAGGAGGCCCCUAAAAGCAAGAGGCUCGUCAAUUCUCGGAAUAACUCUCAUUCUGGCAAGUCCUCUGAGAGCGGGGCUGGAUCAAGGUCCAGCAAUGGAUUGCUCUUGCAGCAGAAAAAGAGGGACAGCCCACAACCGAUAGAAUCGCCCCAGUCGCUUAGUGCCAACGACAAGUCUAGCACAUCGCGAAGCUCGCCAGAAUCACGGAUCAGGGACGAAGACGAUGUCAGGCAAUCUAUGGAUUCUGUAGCAUCCGGCCGGACAGAGACUAGCGGUUCGCGUCCAGGCCGAGAUGUUCCGCCACCAAGAGCCCCCCGCAACGGUGAGAUAUAUCUCCUUGCCCCUACCGCACUGAAAACCCAUGGCUUGACUACUGACACCUUCACAGUGAAUGGAAAGACGGAUCUCGUCCCGCCGCCACGUCCCUCGAUGCCGGAGCCCCGACUCACUGAAACAUAUAUGCAACCUCGAGCACCCCCUCAACCUCCAACACAGGCCAACAAAGAUGCAGCUGCAGCUGCGGCUGCGGCCGCGGCGGCAGCAGCACCUGGUGGUGGACCUGCUCAAGGCGAGAAUUCUCCAAAGCUACCAAGAUGGAGUGCUGGCGGAGACUUUAGUAUGGAUGAAGACAUGGCCAGAAUCCUGGGCACGGAUGAAGGCUCCUCGUCAAUACUCCGGCGUGUUUCGAACGCCGUCAGGCAUGGCCGGACAAACAGCGUCGAAUCCGGUGGUCAUACAGUGGCGCGUGGUGGUCACGGUAGGAGCAUGAGCGAGACCACUCGAGGCACCGCAUCCCCAUUGAUCCCCAAGACGCCUAUAGCAGAAACUCCUCUGGAUAGCCAGGCCCAGGAUAUCAGCAGUCCAAUCUCCUUGGGAGGCGGCCCGCAAGACGACCCGGCUUUCCUCAAGCGGCAACUCCGAAAUUCAGAGCAGAGGGUUGCCGAGUUGGAGCGGCAGUUUAACAAUGAGGCUGAUCUGCAGACCCUCAAUAAGAAGCUCAUUGAGAAGAGGAAGACAGUCACUGUUCUUGACACGCAAGCCGAGAUUAUGGUCCGGGAGCUUGAGGUACUGGCCACAGUGGUCGAGAAGAGCAAGCAAAAUAACCAGCCAGUUGAUGUGCGGGACCUCCAAGAGACCGUUGUCAAGGAACUGAGGCAAAAGAUUGAGAAGUACACUCAGUCGAUGACAGCCACUAUUGAGCAGCUGAUAGCGGAGCGUGAUCAAUUAGUAGAGGAGAAAAACCGGGCGAUGGCCGACAGAGAUCGAGCACUGCUUGAAUUUGAGCAGUUGUCCUCCAAGAACGCGCAACUGGCAGAUAUGAACAACGACCUUACCCACCAGAUUCAGGAGCGUUUUAGGUCUCAAGCCAACAACGAGAUCAAGUCGCCAAACGGCCUCGGCAUUUACCAGGCCCAAAAGCUUACUGCGCCAGGCGGAGGAGCUAACUUCGACUCAGCAAGUAUCCAGACCGGUGCUACCUUGGUCACAACCGACGUGGACGAGCCCAUCCUCGAGGGCCCGACGGUAGUAAACAUUCGCAAGGGACAGGUCAAGAAGUUCAACUGGAAGAAGGGCAAGACAGUGGCACAGAAUUUUACCAAGGGCAUGAACCGUGCCGUCGGUGCAUUCCAGCAAGAAAAGGAGCGUGGAGGAGCGCAGUACGGUGGUCUUGCAGGGGACAACAUUGGGCUGCCGUACAACAUGACUGUGGCUCAGGUCGAGUCACCGGCCUCUCUAGGGCCCAAUGGAUCUUUGAACCGGUUGCCGAGCGACAACAAUAACUCUCGCCAGGGCUUUGGCUUCUUUGGCAAGAAGCAACAGCAACAGCAGCAACAUUCUUUGCCCAAAUCGAUGUCUGCGGCGAACAUGUCGUCUGCAAGCAUUGCACCGGAGCCACCCAGCGUACUUUUUGGCUCUGAACUAGUUGAGCGAACAGAGUAUGAGCGCCGUCUGAUCCCCAGUGUCGUCACGCGAUGCAUCGAGGAGGUGGAGCUACGCGGCAUGGACAUGGAGGGCAUUUACCGGAAGACUGGCGGAAACUCGCAGGUCCGUGCAUUGCAGGAGGGUUUCGACAAGAACGACGAGUUCGACAUCUCCGACCCUGGGCUGGACAUCACGGCCGUUACGAGCGUGCUGAAGCAAUAUUUCCGCAAACUACCCACACCUCUACUUACAUACGAUGUCUAUGACAGGGUGCUGGAGUCAAAUUCUAUCACAAAUAACAAGGAGCGAUGUGAACACCUACGGAUGACGUUUAACAUGCUCCCCACCCAGCAUCGUCAAUGUCUCGAGUUUUUGAUGUUCCACCUUGCCAGGGUUGCGGCAAGAGAAAGUGAAAAUCUGAUGCCGCCAAAGAAUUUGGCCGUGGUCUUCGCACCUACUUUGAUGAGAGACCAUAGUCUCGAGAAGGACAUGAUAGAUAUGCACGCGAAGAACAUUGCUGUGCAAUUCGUUAUCGAGAAUAGCCACAUCAUCUUCGAAGAGGCUUAGAUAACCUCUGAUCCGGAUGGUGAAUCCCUUGUUUCUACGAGCCCCAAGAAACAAGUUUUAGCCACCCAAUAUUGUAUAUAAGGUCAUAAUGUCAGUUUUAGUAAAGGGAAAGAGGGAGGGGUUGGAGAGGACUCAGCGCGACCGCCUCUCUCCCACGGAUUAUGCAAGACGGUUUUCUAUGGGUGCGGCUCUUGCACCACCAGAAGUGCAAAUGUUGGAGAUGUUUGGAUGUUUUUCGGAGAAGGAUUGUGGGGCUAUUUACCUCGCAAGCAGCACCAAGCAGUGUGAGCUAUUGUCUCGUCGUUUGUGAUGGGGUCUUUUCUUUUCAUUUUUGUAAUUGGAGUACUUGCCGGUCGGUAGGAGGCUAUGAUAUCCCCGGUCUACCAACGCAUUUUUGUUCUUGUUUCUUCAUCUUUUAUCCCAUUUUUCUGCCCUCCCUUCGUUUGCUUCUGCAUUGCAGGUGCUUCGGGGUUACAGAUACCCGGGUGUCAUUGUUAGGUCGUUUGGGCUAGCAGUUUGUAUAUAAAAAUGAAUCCAGUCGGCGCUUUUGGCGAGCACUGGUUUCUUUUCCACGACCAGUACCUGGGCAUGGUUCAAAUUGAUGCAUUACUCCCG